AUGAAGUUCCACGCUUCUUCUAUCGUCCUCGUCGCUUGUUUGACAACAGCUUCAGUAGCUGCACCUCCUAAACCAACACACGAAAUCAUAAAUGUGGACGUCGCUAUCAUCGGUGGCGGUGCUUCUGGUAUCCAUGCAGCAAUCCAUCUCAAAGACGCCGGCGCUAAAAUCGCUGUGAUUGAGAAGAAGGACCAGAUCGGGGGCCAUGCCGAGUCACAUGUCCAUCCCGAGACAAAGGCUGUUGCAAAUAUCGGCGUUGUGCUAUUUGAGAACAGCAAGACUGUCGAGAAGUACUUUAAUCGUCUUGGCGUUGAGACAACUCUCCGUAAUCCUGUCAACACCACGACCGAGACCAAGCAAUAUGAUUUCUCCCUGGGCAUCCCAAUUCCUCCCCAAGACGCUUCUGAGGCUGCAGCGACUGCCAAGUCUAUAGCCGAUGCAAUGCAGGCAUAUAUCAAGAUUGUCAUUCCCAAAUACCCAUGGAUCGACCAAGGCUAUACUUUUGUCCCCAACCCCGUCCCCGAGGAGCUUCUCCAGCCUUUUGGCAAGUUUGCCGAGCAAAACAAUUUCACAGCUCUGCUUCCUCUUAUCGCACAGUUCAACUGGUACCCCGGUCAUAUCACUGAGAUCCCAACUCUAUAUGGUAUCAAGAAGUUUGGACCUGGUCUGAUAAAUAGUAUCGUCAACGGUUUCAUUGUUCCCACAUCUGGCAACGCGCGGACUGUCUAUGACGCUGCAGCUCGCGAGCUCAAGGACGAGCUCUACCUCAACUCGAACAUCGAAAAGGUCAACCGCAAGGAAGAUGGUGUUGUCGUCACUGUGAAACAAAAUGACAAGCGAGUCAUUUUCAAGGCGCGCAAACUUCUUGUCGCUAUUCCACAGACUUUGAAGAACGUCGCUCGUUUCGACCUCCGUCUUACUGAAAGAGCCUUAUUCUCCAAGUUCUCUGCUCUCGGCUACGUUGCUGGUGUCGCCAAUAUCCCUGGAGUCGACUACAACCUCCAAAACGUCGGCGCUUUGACUCGAGCUCAUACACCCCUCAUCCCCGGAAGCAACGGCUACAACAUUCCCCCAGGCUUCUCAGGCCAAUUCCUCCUUGGUGUCGCCUUCGACCACGCCGACUAUACCCUCGAGCAUGCCAAGGCCGUCAUACGCAAGGAGCUAGCGAGUCUUGCUCUUGCAAAUGCCGUUCCAGCUGACACAGCAAAGAAGGUCACCUUCCCCAAGCUGGCCAACCACGCUCCUUUUGAACUUCAUGUUUCUUCCAAGGAGAUUGGCGAUGGCUUCUUUGAGGAUCUUCGUCAGCUUGAGGGAGAGCGUAACACUUAUUGGACUGGUGCUGCGUUUGCUGGUCAUAACAGUGGUUUGAUCUGGCAGUGGAAUGAGGCUGCUGUUCUACCUGCUAUGAAGAAGGAGCUUGGUCUUUAA